AGGUUCUUAGUUGUAAACCGCCUCCACUGCCAAAGGUGGCUUUCCCAAUGCUUGUGGCUUACAGGUGUGCUUUAAGUGAGUAUUUUAAAAUGAUGAGAGAUGCUAAAUCAAAUUCUUUGUCACAUGAUGCUGUAGUUUGUGUUACUUAAAGAAACCCCACUGGGUGCUUUUGAGUCAGAGAGACAGUGUUAGCUGCUUGCAUUGCUUGGCCUGCCAUGAGGGGGCUGUAUGGUUGAUGAACAAUCAUGGUUGUUACACCAACCAAAACCUCUAUUCCAUUUCAAAGCCAUUGGUAGCUUUGUAGGCAUGAUUUGUUGCUUGAUCUGUAGGUCAGUCGUUGCACAAUUGGAGUGGUCUACAAGGUCUGCUUGUAGCAUACAGUAGUCAGGUGUGUUGUGAUGUGAAGAUUGAUUUGAGCUUUGACGUUUGCCACCUUUAGAAAAUUGUUAUUCUGUCAUCAAGAGAUUGAAUAUCUUUUUUGUUGUGAUUUUAUGUCUCAGGAUGAUUGAAACCCACCCCAAAUAAAGCACAAAAUGAUGCUAAUAGUGCCGAGUAAUUUCUUCCUUCUGCAGUGCAGUGAAUGGGCAGAAUAAUAAUUACUUCCUUUUUGUAACUAAAAUGUCGGUAUCUUUCUUUGUGUGAGUUUCCAUUAGGUUUUGUUUUCUUUUUAGCCAUAGCUAGAAUUAAAAUGGACUGAAUCUUUUGAAGCCUCGUGAUCCUUUUCCCUUUAUCUUUUCAGGUGUAACAGGACUCCAUUUUUCCUGCUUUCUAUUUAUUCUAUAGGAUCUGGUUUUCAGGUGUUUAUAGGAAAUACUCAGCUUCAAGAUUAUUUGACUGCCCGGAUUGUCCUCAGUCUCAGUUUUUCCAUUGCAGUAUCUAAAUCUAUAUUCUUCUGAAUUAAUGAUGUUUCGCUCAUGUGUGCUGCCAUCUGAGGUUCUGGAGAUGUUAAUAUUGUGGUGAAAGUCCUCCAGCUGUCCCAGAGGUGUGCAGUCCCACCCCCAGAUGAGGAAUCCAGGAAGUAAUGUCAGGGAUUGCUUUUGAUGAUGUGGCAGACGUGUUUCUCUUUAGAAUCAAUUUCAUUUUGUUUGCUUUAUGUCUUCAGUAAACUGAUAAAGCUUAGUUGAGCUUAACUCAAGAGUAAAGAUCUUGAAUUAGUAGUAGGAACAUGUCCUUAAAAAAGAAUACCAAGGGAAUUAUUUUUAUCUGGGGUCAGAAUCCUUGCCCUGUUCUUUGUUUACAGUUUUAGUGAUACAUAAAACUAUUCUGUGACUUCAGGGCUCUGCAUGUUCAUUAGAUAAACUCAGUGAUUUGUGCUAGGAGUGUUUUGAUUUGGGUGCUUGUGACAAAUGUUUGUUUCUGUAACCACUUGUGUACAAAGUCCUGAACCUAAAUGCUUUGCUCUUUAGUUAUUCCAUAUUUGAAAGUCUUAAACAGCUUGAAAGAAAAUUAUUUAUUUUGGUUUUGUUCUUUGUGUUUAGGCACUGAGGUGGUGCUGCAGUGCAUAUCGGUGCUUACAUGUUAUAACUCAGCUCCUGCCUUAUCAAGCAACCAUGUCAGAAGGGGACAGCAUUGGUGAGUCUGUUCAUGGAAAGCCUUCUGUGGUCUAUCGAUUUUUCACAAGACUUGGGCAGAUCUACCAGUCCUGGUUAGACAAAUCUACUCCAUAUACUGCAGUGCGAUGGAUCGUAACUUUGGGUCUGAGUUUUAUCUACAUGAUUAGAGUUUAUUUACUGCAGGGUUGGUACAUUGUGACAUAUGCCUUGGGAAUUUACCAUCUAAAUCUCUUUAUAGCUUUCUUGUCGCCAAAGGUAGAUCCCUCUUUAAUGGAAGAUUCAGAUGAUGGUCCUUCCUUACCUACAAGGCAAAAUGAAGAAUUUCGGCCUUUCAUUAGGAGGCUCCCAGAGUUUAAAUUCUGGCACUCGGCCACUAAAGGCAUCCUGGUUGCUAUGGCAUGUACAUUCUUUGAGGCUUUCAACGUUCCUGUUUUUUGGCCAAUCCUUGUGAUGUACUUCAUUAUGCUGUUUUGUAUCACUAUGAAGAGGCAAAUCAAGCAUAUGAUAAAGUACAGAUAUAUACCCUUCACACAUGGCAAGAGGAAAUACAAAGGGAAAGAAGAUGUGGGAAAGACCUUUGCUAGCUAGAAGGUGCAAUCAACCUUUUGACCAAUUCUGCUUACAACUAAAGGAACGAUUUUUGAGCCAUUGUAACAAUGCCUUUUUUCUUCAUAAAAAUGAUUGAGUUGUGACAAAGCAGUUGAAGUUUCAUUUUAAGAGGAUCUCGCUACUUUUAUCUGAAGUAUCAGUUGCUUGAAGAAACUGGCAUUCUAACCAACUUGCUUUGAGUUUAUCUUUUGUAAGAAGUUGGAGAAACUUUGGAUAAUCCCUUGGAUUUGGGAUAACGGAUUCCUUUCAGGAUCCAUUGCACUGGAGAGAUGAAUGGCUUUGAGUUUGAUGUUCUUACGUAGUUCUCAGUAUCACCCUGAAGUGCUGUGCACGCAUGUAGGAAAAAGGUGGCACACAUGAUGCUGUUUUCUGCUUCAUGGCCAUGUGCUAUUUUCAUAUAAAAAUUCAGCAGAUCUGAAUAGAUGCCAGUUUGCUAAAUGCAUGAUAUUACUGAGUCAUAAAUAGAAAAAGAAAUCUCCAAAUGUAAGGAUUUUGCAGUAGGGAGAAAAACACACACAGCUUCUAAAGUAACUCAUUUCUGUUAGGUUUCAAUGCCAGUUUCACCAUUACACCUCCCAGAAGAUGCUAAAAUUGGGUUCCUUCGUGAUGACUCAAAGCUUUGUUCAAAAUCUAUUCCAAUUUCCUUUGAGGACCUGGAAUUAUAAAUAUAUAUAUUUUAAUUGUUUUAGUUGGAAUUUCUUUCAUACCUAAGGGUUUCUUGGUUAACUUAAGCCAACUUCGUGCAGCCCCUUCAGAAUAUACUCCAACUGGCCACAGGAGACAAACUUUGUGAGUUUUAACAAAGAUUUUCAUUUUCUAUAGUUUAAAAAAAAAAAAAAUCAGAUAAAUGACCUGCAUGUAAACUUUUUCAUGUGAUACAACUGCAAUUUUAUUAAGUGACUUUUUAAUUCCAAAAUUUAUUAAAAGACAGUGUCCCCCUUG